GGUUGCAAAAUUAAACUCCCCCGGCGGAAAUGGAUUAUCCAGAAAAAGGCCAAUGCCGCAAACUCUCAUUUGAGGGCAUCGGCCAGAGAAGAAUGAUGGCACUCACCGGCGGACGCCCGUUGGGCAGCCUCCUGUCUUCUGACCGUCCCCGCCCGUCGCUGCCGGCUUCCCCAAUCUUCGCCCCUUUUCCCCGCCAAACCAGCCAGCAAUCCCCACUUCUUGCUUCCACCCCAGCCCCAGGUGAACAGACCACCUCAUUGCUCCCUCUUCCCUGCACCAGCGCAAGACUGAAGCUCUGCGGAUGUGGGUCGGUUCCCUUCUCCGGCGGAGCAGUCAAGGCUAUCAAUGGAAGCGGGGGCGCAUACGUUUCGCCAUGGGACGAGGAGCCUUAUGAAAUCCUCCCGAGUGGGAAGAAAGCUUACUUGGACGAGCAGGAUGUCGUCACCUUUCUUGAUCCUCCCAAGGAGCUCAUUCCGCUGGACCCUGCUUCUUAUAACCCUGCUGCUUAUCUCUGGAAGAAAAUUGAAGACAUCCCUGAAGAAAGGCGGCAUCGGUUGCUGCACUUGUUAAAUCCAAGGCUUAUAUUUAGAGCUUGGGAGAUAGCUGGAACUCGUUACGAGGAUCCUAAGCUAGCUAAGAAAAGCUCAUCAAAACUGCUAUCGGGUGAGACUGGGGCUACACCACUCGAAUAUUACUACUGCCAAACAAGCGGAGGACCCUUCCCUAUAUCCUGGAUAAAUUUCUUCAAGAUGGCUAUAUUUUGUUCUAAGGAGGGCCAAACAUACGGGCGUCUUAUAGGUGAAACGAUUCUAGCUCGAUUAGCCAGUUCCUUCCAUCCUCUGUAUUUUGUCGUGAGACCACACAAGGAAGUGAUGUCGACGGAGCAGCCUUGCGAUUUGGCUUGUGAAUUUGGGGAUGGGCUCUUUGAUCUCCAAGAUUACCCAGAAGGCUUUCCCAAACCUGGUAAGCAUCCAUAUCCUUUCAAUGACGAAGUUGUGGUAUAUAUUCGCCACAUUGGACCAGGAAUUUCAGUCGGGCAAGCAUGGCAAGAAGGGAAAAAUUUGCAGCAAGUGCCUCGAAAGUUAUGCAGUGAAAUCUUGAUGGUGAAGGAUAAUUAUGGCUCGUCCUCAGAUAUCCAUUAGCAAGGGUGUCGAUAAGGUCAAGCUCAUUCUAUCUCUCUCAUGCAAAUAUAUAAACAUACAAACAUGCAGAAAAGGCUGAAGAAAACGUUAAGGUGAGCUUGCUUGAUGUAUAGUUAUGUAAAUUGAUUUUCUGGAUGUAUUAGAGAAGCCUGCAUAUUAGUCCAGGUUCUCUGACCCAAUAAACCUAAGCUUUUGGGUUCUGAUUUUGUGUUAAGUAGGUAUUUUUUGCCACCAUUUUUGGACCUGUUUCUGGGCGCUACGGUGUCCUCUGCUCAAUGAAAUCUUCGUCCUUGGGAGCUGCAGCUUUCUUGAAGCUUUGCCGUAGCUUCGAGUCUCCUGGAUCACUUACCAUCUGACGUUUACUUGCCACCACGGAUCCUCGUUUUGAUUUUUCUGCUCUUCCAUCCUCUUGGAUGGCUCUUUAAAUUCUCUAAUUCCUCAUCUUGACACUGUGAUAUUGCUCCUUCUUGUCCCUGGCAUCCAUCAACCAUAGGGCUGGCACUGGGAGGAGAAAAUUUUGAAUGAUCCUACCUCAUAAUGAUGUGGUGAGGAAGAACCAAUAAAAUUGCUUCAAUUAAGAAGGCUUACCACAA